UAUAAGAGAGAGGUCCUGGUCCAGCGUCUCUCUGAGCCACACAGCGAGCGAUCCCAGCGAAUCCCAUGGGUCAUGGCGAGUGUGACUCCCAGUGAGAGUGUGGAUAGUGAGCUGCGCUGCUCCAUCUGCCUGGGCACGUUCGUCUGCCCCUCCACGCUGAGCUGCGGACACUCGUUCUGUCUGCGGUGCCUGGAGGCCGCCUGGGAGACGGCGAGCAGCUUCAGCUGCCCGCAGUGCCGAGCGACCUUCCCUGUGCGACCCCAGCUGAGGAGGAACGUGGCCCUCGCCAACCUGGCAGAGCAGCUCAGAGUUAGUGACGGGAUGGCCACGGCCGUCAUGUGUGACCACUGCAGUGAUGGCCAGACCCCUGCAGUGAAGACCUGCCUGAGAUGCGAGAUAUCCUACUGUUUUUCCCACUACAAGCCUCACGUGGAGAAUCCCAGGUUGAGAGACCACGCCGUGGUGGAUCCCACUACGAGUUUGGAUGAGAGAAGAUGCCCUGAGCACAGCGAGGAGCUGAAGUUCUACUGCACAGUAGAUAGCAGCCUGGUCUGCUCAUCUUGCACCAUCGCAGGCGAACACAAAGGACAUGAUGUCACCACGCUGAAGAAGGAGCAUGAGACACGGAAGAUGCACGUAGAGGAGGAGAGGCGAGUGGUGGAGGAGAAGAGGAAGGAGGCGGAGGAGUCCGUGAAGCGGAUGGAGGCCACUCGCAAGGAGGCGCAGCAAUCGGUGGCCGGGAUCAGGGGUCGCAUCACGGGCAAGUUCGCCCGCCUAAGGAAGGCUCUGGACGAGGACGAGAGGGAGACUCUACGUCGGGUGGCCGUGAAAGAGCGCGAGCUGCUGUCCCGGAUCGACGAGGACAUUGCUCGUCACAAGCGGGAGAUCGGCGAGCUCCAGGUGGCGGCCACUCGCCUGCACGUUCUGCAGCACAAGAGGGACUCGCUCGCCUUCCUGCAGGGGCACCUGGAGGAGACGCGCAGGAGAGAGAUCCCAAACGAAUCUGCAACCCCACCUCCCACUUCACUGGACGCCACCACGAUCCGCUUCCUUGAAAGGGUCGCGAACAGAUUUCUGCCUCUCAUCUAUGGAUGCUCACCGACUCUGGACAAAAACUCAGCCUACGACUACCUCCAAAUUUCCUCGGAUCUCAGGACGGUGACACUGAGCAAUGUCCCUCAGGGUCGCCCCCAUCACCCACACCGCUUUGAUGUCUGUCACCAAGUCCUGUGCUCUGAGAGCUUCUCGUCGGGUCAGCACUACUGGGAGGUGGACGUGGGGCGUAUGGGUUGGUUUCAGGUUGGAGUAGCGUAUGGGACGAUCCCACGGAGAGGGAAUGGUGCUGAGUGCCGCCUGGGAGGGAGUGACGUCUCCUGGUGUCUACUGAAACGUGGCGACAGAUUCUCAGUACGGCAUGGCGGGGUAGAGACCUCAAUGUCGGUGCUGGAGCCUCCGCAGAGAGUCGGGGUUCAUCUGGACUGGGACGCGGGGCUGCUGUCGUUUUACAGCACCGAAUCCAUGGCGCCGUUGCACUCGUUUCACCAAACCUUCUCUCAGCCCUUACAUCCUGGACUGGGAUUGGGUUGGGGUGCCUCAAUGAGGAUUGUGGAUCUGAGUGGCGCGUCCUGAGAGAGGUGAACGUGAACAGUGCAGAGGGCAGACACCACGCCGCACGGCGCUCGCCACCCUCGUCAUCGUCACGUGCAGCGCCACGCCCGUGACUGGCUGGUGGCUGUCGGUGGCUAGGGGAUGCGUGGCUCUUCAUCACAACGGGGGGGCUGAGCGUAAACAAUCCUCACAACCUUCCUUGGGAGUUGAGGGGUGAUAAAAUAAGUACCGCUGUGUGUGUGAAGCCAACGUGGAUGUUUCGGUAAAGUCUUCAUCCCGGGGUUGAACAGCCACGCCCUGUCUUCACACCCCGCUUAUAUCUGCUGCGGCAUGGUUGGCCCUGCCCCAGGCCACGCCCCCUUUCUCGAUCCUUCUGGAAGGUCCGGGUCCCCAACCACGUGACCACCAAACUCUCCCCUGGGGCCUCUGUCCCCCCUUUGUCCGGACACGUGUCCUGUUGGGUUCAUGCAGAGUGUCAUGGCCUGACACAACCUCCGUGACACCCACCUACAGCCCCCAUACAGAGCCAACACAGUAGUGACGUCAUAUGUUCCUAUGCUCGUACAGUCCUGACACAGUAGUGAUGUCGUAUGGCACUACACUUGUAUCAUACUGUUUGGGUCUUUUAGUAAAGUCACGUAAAAAAAUAAAAGAAAAAUCACGACAUUCCGAUCGCAACACAAGCAAUCAUCUUCAGGUGAAAAAGAGGGUGAAAUCUGCUGAGGCAGGCUGUUUAUAAAGGUUUAGAGAUGGGCGGGGCAGCUAAUGCCAAUGUAGGAGCGAGUAGGAGAUAAAAUUUUGAGGAGCGAGUAGUAGACGGAAACUUGCUUAUAAAUGUAAGCUCGGCGAGGGCCCAGACGAUGUAGUAGCAAGCUGCCAUUUACUAACACACCUAACGGUUGGCUGUGUUAGUGAAUGUAACUCAGAGAGUCGGAAAUAACUGCUAACAUCAGCAGGUAGGAUGGAAACAUCACAGCCAGUUAAGACUUAACCUGGUUAAUGAUUGCCCAGUUUGUAUCCAUCUUCUCGGUUGAAGUUGUGUCUGUGUUUAUAUAUCUAUAUGGCUUUAUGAACAAAUCUUUGAUGCUAGCCAGUGGGCUUGCAGAGUACCUUCGUCUUGGAAAAUUUAAUUUCGUGUGAACCCACAGCGUGAAAACAAUGAUCGGCAACGGCAGAGGUAUUGGUCCUACCAUGUUUCAGAUCUACCUUGUGUUCACGAACACGGUCCGAGACAUGUCGUUAAGUUUUCCCAAUGUAACUACUGCAGCAAACACAACUUAGUUUGUAGACACUGGGGUAUUGCAUGUCAGGGAUCACAUCCUUCACAGACGGGACCAGGUCACGAAUUGUAUGUACUGUGUUGAAUCGAAUCUGGAUCUUGUGUUUGUUCAUGAUUUUGGAAAUAUUUUUGGUGACCCCUGCUAUGUAUGGCAAGAUGAUGGUUUUGAUUGGGUCCUCAGAUGGUUCUCUCCCCACGGUUGGAGUGACAGCUUUGCGGAUUGUGUGGUCCGAAUAUCCAUUCAUCUUGAGGGCUUGGUGUACGUGCUCCAGCUCACUGGCUAGGUGGUGCUGUUCGGAGAUGCAAUGGGCCCUAUGGUGUAGGGUUUUGAUGAGGGUAGCUUUCCUGUAGACAGUGUCCCAAUGAGCCAUCUGGUCUCUUUUCGAUUAAAACAUCCAAGAAUGGUAGCUUGCCAUCCUUUUCCAUCUCCAUGGUGAAUUUGAUGGCUGGGUGUAUGGAGUUGAUGUGGUUGAAGAAUAGGUUCAGUGCUGGCAGGCCAUGUGGCCAGAUGACGAACGUGUCAUCUACAUAGCUCUUCCACAAGGAAGGACGUAGGGUAGAUGCCUGGAUUUAACCGCCUCUUCGUGGAGGGUUUCCACACAACUAUUAGCCUGCAGUCACGAAAGCUUUUAAUCAAGAUUUAACUGCCUCUACACAGAGGGUUUCCACACAACUAUUAGCCUGUAUCGUUGAUUCUACAAUAAAA